AUGGAGUUCAGUCUGAGCGGGAACGGAUUGAAAACAUUUUCCCGGUGCAUCACAUGUCUAGCUCGUAUCGGCAACGAGCUUGCCAUUGAAGCUUCUUCUUCUCAGGUAAAAGCUAUCAUCCGAGCUACCUUCUCUAUUUCGAGCUCCUCGGCAAGUUUUCGCUGUUCUCGCUGGAGGAAUUUCUAUUUCCAUAAACUGACUGAAGAAAUUAGUCAAAUUCAGCGUGCUUGUGAAGGUAUAGUAGUAGAUUCGUUGCUGUUUGGUUCAGGAGAAACGUUGAAGGAUCUGUAUCAGUUUCUGAAUGGCGCUGAUUCUUGUUCUUACACAAUCCAGGCGGUUUGCGCCGUCCUUAGGACACCUAUUCAAAGCAUCGAUCAUCUCAGAGUUCAGUUGCCUGAUCCUGAUGCUUCCAAAGUGCAAUGGACCUUGGAGUGCAAUAACGGUAAAAUGUCCUUAUGA